UCCGUAACCUGGAGACGCCUCUGGCCGGCCGGGAGCGCGCAGGUGGAACAGGUCUUUAUCUAAAGAUGAUAUUAGAGAGUUUCUGAACCACCUGGAGACUCCAGGAACACCGCGUCCCUCAGCAGAGCCUCACUCAGCCUACCUGACCGUCUUCAUCUGCUGGAGCUCCGGCUGUCGGCUGCUCUCGGUUUGCGCUCGUGCUUCAUCGACGAUUCAAGGCGCGCGCCAGCAAGAAGAGGCAGAGGCGGCACGCGCAUCCCCGGAUCCAGAUCAGAGCAUCUGCAGUGGCCGAGCCGUCCGUCAGCAGAGCCGGACCCGCACCAUGAUCCCGCACCGCGUCUGAUGGCGGCGAUGCUUUGGUGAACAGAUGCGCAGAUCAGCGUGGCAUCGCGUGAGGAGCCCGGACACCAUGGAGCUGCUCCUUGUGAUGACUCUCUUAUUCCAGCAGGCUUUCUGCGGCUCUCCCAGCGUUCAGAUCGGGGGUUUAUUUCCCAGAGGUGCAGAUCAGGAGUACAGUGCAUUCAGAGUCGGGAUGGUUCAGUUUGGAAUGGCUGAUUUCAGACUGACUCCGCAUAUAGAUAACCUGGAGGUGGCCAACAGUUUCGCUGUUACCAACUGCUUUUGUUCCCAGUUCUCCCGGGGCGUCUAUGCCAUUUUUGGCUUUUACGACAAGAAGUCGGUCAACACCAUCACAUCCUUCUGCGAGACGCUGCAUGUCUCCUUCAUCACGCCGUCUUUCCCUGCAGAAGGAAUGAAUCAGUUUGUUCUCCAAAUGAGGCCAGACAUCAAGGGGCCCCUGGUUUCAUUAGUGGAGUACUACAAGUGGGAAAAGUUUGCGUAUCUGUACGACAGUGACAGAGGUCUCUCUACUCUUCAGGUGAUACUGGACACUGCAGCAGAGAAAAAGUGGGUGGUAACGGCAAUAAAUGUGGGAGACCUGAAAGAUGAGAGGAAAGACGAAGCCUACCGCUCCCUCUUUCAGGACCUGGAGAUCCGAAAAGAGCGGCGCAUCAUCCUGGACUGCGAACAAGAUAAAGUCAAAGAUAUUAUGGAGCAGGUGAUCACUAUCGGCAGGCAUGUGAAAGGACACCACUACAUCAUCGCAAACUUAGGAUUUCUGGAUGGCGACCUCUCCAAAAUCCAAUAUGGCGGCGCAAAUGUGUCUGGAUUUCAGAUAGUCGACUUUGAUGAUCCUGUGGUGGCAAAGUUUGACCAACGGUGGGAAGCUCUGGAGGAGAAAGAGUAUCCGGGUGCAGAUUCACGAAUCAGAUACACCUCAGCCCUCACCUAUGAUGCAGUCCAUGUGAUGACUGAGGCAUUCCGCUUCCUGCACAAGCAGAGGAUAGACAUGAGUCGCCGUGGCAACAGUGGGGACUGCCUAGCUAACCCAGCAGUGCCUUGGGCACAAGGCGUGGAGAUCGAACGGGCUCUGAAACAGGUACGUGCAGAUGGCUUAACUGGAAACAUUCAGUUUGACCAGUAUGGGAAGCGGAUCAACUACUCUGUGACCAUCAUGGAGCUGAAGAACAACGGACCUGUGAAGAUCGGCUACUGGAAUGAAGUGGACAGGAUGGUGCUGACAAAGUCUGAGCUUUACAAUAACGACACAAUGGGAAUGGAGAACAAGACCGUCAUCGUUACAACUAUACUGGAGGCUCCUUAUGUGAUGCUAAAGAAGAACGCUGAGCUGUUUCAAGACAACGACCGUUAUGAAGGUUACUGUGUCGACCUGGCCGCAGAGAUCGCAAAGCACUGCGGAAUACGCUACAAGCUCCGGAUAGUAGGGGACGGCAAGUAUGGAGCCCGAGAUGCUGAGACCAAGAUCUGGAACGGGAUGGUUGGAGAGUUGGUGUAUGGGAAAGCAGACAUAGCAGUCGCCCCACUGACGAUCACUCUCGUUCGGGAGGAGGUGAUUGACUUCUCCAAACCUUUCAUGUCGUUGGGGAUCUCCAUCAUGAUCAAAAAGCCUCAGAAGUCCAAACCAGGAGUCUUCUCCUUCCUGGACCCCCUGGCCUAUGAAAUCUGGAUGUGUAUCGUCUUUGCCUACAUUGGAGUCAGCGUCGUUCUCUUUUUGGUGUCGAGGUUCAGCCCCUACGAGUGGACACUGGAGGAGCCAGAGGACGGGGCGUUGCCGUUGACGACCGAAUCAACCAAUGAGUUUGGGAUCUUUAACUCGCUGUGGUUCUCCCUGGGUGCUUUCAUGCGACAGGGCUGUGAUAUUUCACCAAGGUCUCUAUCGGGUCGUAUAGUUGGAGGGGUGUGGUGGUUUUUCACGCUCAUCAUCAUCUCAUCGUACACCGCCAACCUGGCUGCCUUCCUGACAGUGGAGAGAAUGGUGUCUCCCAUUGAGAGCGCUGAGGACCUGGCCAAGCAGACAGAGAUCGCAUACGGGACGCUGGACUCUGGGUCCACCAAGGAGUUCUUCAGGCGCUCCAAAAUCGCGUUGUUUGACAAGAUGUGGCAGUACAUGAAAUCCGCAGAACCGUCCGUGUUUGUCAAGAAAACGUCGGAGGGCGUCCAGCGUGUGCGGAAGUCCAAAGGGAAGUACGCCUACCUGCUGGAGUCCACCAUGAACGAGUACAUCGAGCAGAGGAAGCCCUGCGACACCAUGAAAGUGGGAGGAAACCUGGACUCCAAAGGCUACGGCAUCGCCACGCCCAAAGGAUCCCCAUUAAGAAAUGCGGUGAACCUGGCGGUGUUAAAGUUGAACGAGCAGGGGCUGCUGGACAAACUGAAAAACAAGUGGUGGUAUGACAAGGGAGAAUGCGGCAGCGGAGGAGGGGAGAGCAAGGAAAAGACCAGCGCUCUGUCUCUCAGCAACGUGGCGGGAGUUUUCUACAUCCUGGUUGGAGGUCUGGGUCUGGCCAUGAUGGUGGCGCUGGUUGAAUUCUGCUACAAAAGCCGCGCCGAAGCCAAGAAAAUGAAGAUGAAAUUCACAGAUGCUAUGCGCUCCAAAGCUCGUCUGUCUAUCACUGGGUCAACGAGUGAGAACGGCCGUGUUCCAGUGGCUUACCUUCGCCCAGGAUUACCCAUGAGCCUCAGUAUGACUGACCUCUCAUGACCUCUCACAAGUCAGUGCCUUACAGCCAGUCAAUGCGCUUUCAUCGAUCCCUGCUGUAAGGGAAGCGGAGGGUUUCCCUCUUUAAGAAAAAGACAAGACAUAUUUCCCGUGGCGACGGGCGACCUGCUCCACUUUUUAUUCGGGAUUUUAGUCAUUUGAAACUCUUCACUUCUUUACGUCUGGUCUGCAAGAACUAGGCAGAUGUCCUUCCUGGCUUCUGAUAAACAUUUGUAUAGGGAAUCCCAGGAGGAUCGGAGGGAGGGACGGCUGUUUCUGCACCAACCCAUG